GAUCCAUUCAGUGCACUACAACAAUGAUAGUCACAACUUCUUCUACUAAUAUCGAUUCGAAACAAUCUCAAUGUGGUCCAUAUCCAAUUCAAUGUUGAAAAAUAUAGGAAUACUCAGCCUGAUUUAAGUGCAACUAGUAUUGAACAGAAAGCUUCUCAUAGUAUUACUACAUAAUGAAUCACCCGAAAUAACAAGCCAUGGAAACUGAUGAAAACUCAUAGAAACUUCCAACACUGUCAAUUAUGAUUAGACAUUCGAUAUACCUCAUAUUAACCCUUGGAGUACUCCCAGUAUCCCAUGCAGAAAUAAGAGAAUUAACCGAUGAAAAUUUCUCGGAUGAAAUCGCCAAGUACCAAAUGGCCCUGGUCAUUUUCCACGCCCCUUGGUGUGGCCAGUGUAGAAAACUCAUGGUGAAACUACCAGAAAUCGACUCCAAAAUGCAAGAAUUUCCUCAGCCCGUUUCAAUCUUAACAGUUAACUGCGAAAACGAAGGUAAAUCGACUUGUGAUAGGUAUCACAUUGGUGGUUUCCCGAUUCUCAAGUCGUUCCUGAAAGGUAAAGAAUACGGAAAAUUCGAAGGAAGCAGAGAAGUGGAUGAAAUAGUCGAUUUCAUGAGGAUAGAAUCAUCGCCUGUGGCACAAAUGUUGCUGGAUUUCAGGGAUCUGGAGGGCGCUUUGAAGCAGGAAAAGAGGGUUUCUGUAGUUGGUAAUUUGAAGGAAGGAUCCGACCUGGAAUCUACGUUCUUCGAAUUAGCAGAGAAACUGAGAAAGAAGAUCAGAUUCCUGUAUCGUCAUACUCCAGACGAACACGUCUGGAUAAAGGUUUACAGACUCCCGAAACUAUGGAACAAAUUCGAAGAACACUUCGUUGAAUACGCUGGCGAUGAAUCCGCAUCUUCGAUUGAAGAUUUCAUCUUGAAGAACUACCACGGUUUGGUCGGACUCAGGACUUUCUCCAACAAGAAUGAAUUCAAUUUCCCACUUGUUACCGCCUACUAUAACAUCGACUACGGAAACAAUGCCAAAUUGACGAAUUACUGGAGGAAUAGAAUCCUCAAAAUAGCAACGAAAUACAAGGAUAAAUUCAAUUUUGCCAUCAGCUCAAAGGACGAGUUCAACGACGAUCUGAGAGAUUUGGGCGUGCAGUAUCUGACCAGCGAUAAACCGAUAAUUGUUGUCGUUUUGGAAUCGAACGAAAAGUUCAUAUUGAGCGAUAAUUUUUCGGUGGAGACCUUCGAUACUUUCCUGCACAAAAUCCUGCACAAAUCGGUCAACCCUUAUCUGAAGUCUCAGAAACCUCCCGAGAAGAAUGAUUCUUAUAUUGUUGUAGCAGUUGGAUCGACGUUUUACGAUAUUGUCGUAAGGAAUUCCAACGAUACUAUGGUGAAGAUUUACGCUGAAUGGUGUGGUCAUUGCAAAAAGCUCCAACCUACUUACAGGAAGUUGGCAAAAUUGAUGUGCGAUGAAAACAUCACAUUCGUUGAGAUAGAUGGUACAGAAAAUGACGUACCAGUGGCGUACACACCAACAGGUUAUCCUACGAUUUACUGGUCAACCAAGGACAAUCGUAUGAGCCCCAUUUUGUACAAGGGUGAUCGUUCAAUGGAGGAUUUCAUCAAAUUCAUUGCCAGACAUUCUUCUUCUGAGCUUAAGAACUACGAUAGGGAUGGUAAUUUGAAGGGAGUCAAGACUGAGCUUUAAUGUUUUUCUCUCAUUAAUGUUUUGAUUUAGUUUUUUAUCUUCAUAGGACAAAACUGCAUGAGUUCAUAGGUUGAAAUAAAUUUUGAAUGAU